AUGUGACGGAGCCCGAGCCGGACGCCACCUCGGAGGGCAGGAGGAAGAGCGGAGCAACGCCCAGCCCGCCGCGCUCGGCAAGGUGAAGGCCAGGUGGGGCGGCUCCGGCGGGGCUUGGGUCGCUGAGCCGAGGAGAGUCGACGCCAGGAGCCGAGGGGCUUAGCCUUCUAAAGAUGGGGAGGAAACUGGAUCUGUCCAAACUGACAGACGAAGAAGCCAAACAUGUCUGGGAAGUGAUUCACCGGGACUUUGAUCUACGCAAGAAAGAAGAAGAACGUUUAGAGGAGCUGAAGGGCAAGAUUGAAAAAGAAAGCACCAAGCGAGAACUGCUGUCGGGUCAGUCCCGCCUCCACGAAACCCAUUGCAUCCACUGCCUGCAGCCCUUCAGGUUCCUGGUGAACAGCAAGUGCCAGUGCUUGGACUGCCGUCUCUACACCUGCAAAAACUGCAGCAGUUACAAUAAAAAGGAACAAGGGUGGGUGUGUGACCCGUGCCACUUAUCCAGAAUUGUGAAGACUGGAUCUCUGGAGUGGUAUUAUGAACAUGUGAGAUCCCGGUUCAAACGAUUCGGAAGUGCUAAGGUGAUGCGCUCUCUCUACGGGAGGAUGGCACAAGGACAGAAAACGAAUCCUGCCUUGUUCGGUCCUGGCAGGGGGCUUGGUUUUCAGGACAGAGUAUACAGCUUACCAGACAUCCACAGUGAUUACCAGCUCCACAAUGGAAACGAUGGGGCCAAUGACCGUGGGGGAGGUGAUGAGUCCGAUGAUGCUCUUGAUGGUGCCAAGGCUGAGUGUUAUGCAAGGAUGCGCAAGACGAAGCGGCUGCUGUCUGUCCACCCCUUUGACUUCGAUAUGGACUCUGAAUAUUCUGCUCAGUCGCGACGUCAUUCUGUGCAGAUUUCACCCGGACCCUUCAGCCUUCAGACCUUUGCAGAAUUUCCAGCUGCUGAAGAAGAUACUUCCUGGAAGGAGUCCAUGGUAGCAGAAGCAGACCUGGCCGCCACGUUCCAGCAUAUACUACAGGAACAAGGGCAGCGCUCAGCCCCUCCGAAGCAGGAAUUCAGCACAGAGGUUCAGCUCACGAUGAACUCACGUACUAAAAGCCUGGAAAGGACCCCCAAGCCUGGUAGCCCAUGGAAUGAGCAGAACAGAUCCCAGUACUCAGCUGAUAUGGACACUUCUGAUGAAGAUGUGAAGGGAGCCCCAAAAUUCUUGGCCCAUCAACUGCAUCACACCAAACGCAGGAGCCGAGCUUCAUCCCAAGAGAACAUAAAUCACUCUGGAAAUCAGAUACUGGAACUCAGCAAACGCAUGUCAGCUAUCGAACGCAUGCUGAACCGUCUUGAGGAAAAGAUCCUGGUUCACCCAGAAAAGCCUCCCGCUCCCGAAUUCCAAACUGAUCCCAGCAUAGAAGAGAAGGAAUUGAAAAGGAAACUGGAAGAACUGGCAAGUAACAUAAGUGACAAAGGUGUUUCCUCCGAAGAAGAAGAAGAAGAGGGAAAUAAAAAGGAAGAGCCCAAACCAGAAAUGAGUUCAUCCAGUGAUGACCUGCAUACUGGCACACUGAAGGUGUACAUAACUAGUGGGAAAGUCUGUGGGCCAGAGAAGAAGUAUCCGGAUGACCACACGCGGCACGGUGCCACCACCGAUUCCGAGCUGUCGGAGCUGGAAGACAGAGUGGCUUCUGCACUGGCUGAAGUGCAACACACAGAGAGCGAGGUUUCUGAUAUAGAAACCAGAAUAGCAGCUUUGAGUGCUGCUGGACUGACAGUCAAACCAGCGGAAAAAUCCAAGAAAAAAUCAAGUACCCAGGUUUUUACUCUCCAACUCCCCAGAGGUGUACAGCCCUCACAGCCCCCUUUGGAGGAUCUCAGUUCUGACUCUGGAGCAUCUCCCGACAACUACAAAGUGAUGUCUAUGCCACAUAUUUUGAGGAGAAAAUUCCCCACUUCCCUUGAAAUUACAAGCAAUGCUGACUCCUUCACUCGGAACUCCCAUUACAGAGGAUCUUUGACACAGCGCAACCCCAAUGGAAAAAGUAGGAAAGCCGAUCGCAUCUUUGCGAAGCCUGUGAUGACCCAUCGAUCAUGAAAGCCGUAAGGUCCCUCUACUCGGAGGAGAGACCUCCACAGAAGGCUUCACUCCUGCAGUUUUGUCUUCCCUUUCUCGCGUCUGCCUGUGUCUGGAAACAGGAAAGCAGCAUGUUAGCUGUGAAAGUAGCACCUUAAUGAAAUUAGCUUCCUAAAUUCUCUACAAAGCAACAUAACCCCGCUUAGUGUAAAUAUUUUUUCCUCUCGAGAUUACAGAUCCACAUGUGUUAUGUAGGACUAGUAUGUAAAAUGCAUAAAUUAGUGUGUGGAUAUUUGGCCAAGUGUAUCUCCGGUCACAUUAUCAAGGACACUUGCCCUGUGUUUAGUUUUAUGGAAAAAUAUGUAUUUUUGCAAGUUACUGGGCUUUGAACAGCCCUGAACUUAACUCUGAUUUAGGAGGCAGAGCGUGGCUGCAGCCCACUUGGUCAGAUACCCCUAAUGCCUCUGACCAACUGGACUCUGGCCUGCUUGUGGAAGAGUAGACCACAAUAUUUGUUUUUGUCUUAAAGGGACCACAGACUUCAUUUUGAUCCACCAGGAUAAUGUGGCUCUUCUCUGCUAUGAGCUCAACCAGGCUGUGUCGCACGCGUGUGUUAAGAGAGGCUUUGUGCGCCAGUGUGCCAAAGAGAAGGCGGCGCUGUCAGUGGCUACAUGCCUAGGAUUUCCCACUGGAAAAUAAAGAUGCAGAACCAAGCAGAAAAGAACACAAUGACAAUAGUGUUUUCUUGCAUGUGGCUUCCUGCCUCUGAGGACACUUAGCCCUUUCCCCCUCAUCUUAUUUCAUCAUAUAAAAUCUUAGUGUUUGCAGGACCGUAGGCACUGAAAGAGAGUCAAAUUUGCCAGCGCUGAGAUGGGAAAAUAAUCCCAUAUUCUAGUUCAGGGCUCCCCAAAAUUUUUGAGCCUGCGGGCACCUUUUGAAUUCUGACACAGUGUGGUGGAUGCAGCCACAAAAUGUCUGCUACUACAUGACUGCCACAGGAGACAAAGCCAGCCUCAAAAUGGCUUCCACAGCUUACCUUCAGUCACACAGUGAAGAUCCUUCUGCAGUGGUUAUGCCAAAGCAACAUUUUUAAAGAUCAGCACAGCCAAUCAAGUCUCCAAAAGCCAAUCAGAAGCCUUGCUGGGCAAAAGCCCCACCAGCUCUCCCUCUCUUUCUAAAAACAAUUGAUGGCCACCAGGAAAGGUGUCCCAUGGUCCAUGGGCACCAUGUUGGGGACCCUGUUGUGGUUGCUGAAGCAAAACCUUUUUGAAGACCAAGAUGAACUCUUCUCUCUCUUUCUCUCCUGUCCUAUCCUCCUGUAUUUAUAUUCAGAUCAAGCCCUGCAAUUAAAACUAGCAUUCCUUUCAACGUUUGUCAGUUCUCCAUAUUUCUAAAUUCUGACUGUUUUUUAUGAAGCCCAAAUCUUACUACUGCACCUCAGCUUUGCUUUAUGGACAGCCUUUGCUAAAUCUAAAAUGUAACCCAAAAUUGGGCUUCUGACUUCAAAUUCUAAUGUUUGAGAGGUUUGGAGUGUAUGUGGAUUUUUUAAAAAGCACACAGGCAAUCUAUAUAUACAUUUUUAUGCUGCCCUCCCUCCAAAAAGUUCAGAAUGGUCCCAUUCCAACCCCAAGCACACCCCAUUCCCAGUCUGUGCAUUUAUUUGCACCACAUAAUUGCAUUGAUACAUCCCACAUCCAAAUUCCAGGGAUUACAUCAUCAGGUCGUCCCUCCCCCCACGCUUUGGAUCGCUAGGGGAUAUUAAAGAACUCCCUGAGGUAGAAAAUUUCAGUUGUGCCUGAACACACAGCCCGUGUGCCUAUUAUGCACUGAAACCCCCGGAAAUCUAUUAUUCCAGGGUCUAUCGGGAUUCAUACCGAAAGUGAUCACUCCCCUCUUCAGUUAACUCUCCAUGGCAGUUCUAUUUCAACCCCAAUGUCAACUCCUUUAGAUGAUGACGUAUCUCAAAGUUCUAUGAAAAGAAUUAAAUGGACUGCCCAAACAGAUAGGGAAUUACUCUGUCUACUUCAAUCUGACAGGAUGUUAGAAUUCAGAACAA